AUGCCAGGCGAUGGGUUCACGUUCAAAAGUCGCAUCAGGAAAUUGCUGCGCUCUCCUUCAACCAAAACCAACAAGAUCAGGAAAGAAAAUCUCACCAGCAAGGUAACUCUGGAGAAGGUCCUUGGCAUCACCGCCUCAGGAAAUAGUGGUCUGGCCUGCGACCCCCGAUCUGGACUGAUCGCUUAUCCUGCAGGGUGUGUAGUAGUCUUGCUGAACCCCAAAAAGAACCGACAGCACCACAUUAUUAACACAUCAAGAAAGACCAUCACGGCUCUGUCCUUCUCCCCUGAUGGCAGGUACUUGGUCACCGGAGAGAGCGGCCACCUACCAGCGGUGCGAUUGUGGGACGUGGCAGAACGAAGACAGGUGGCGGAGCUCCAGGAACACAAAUAUGGCGUCUCCUGCGUGGCUUUCUCCCCCAACAGCAAGUACAUUGUCAGCGUGGGAAACCAGCAUGACAUGAUGGUCAACGUCUGGGCGUGGAAAAAAGAUGUAGUAGUGGCUGCCAACAAGGUGUCCAGUAAGGUGACCAGUGUGUCUUUCUCUGAGGACAGCUCUUACUUUGUAACUGCAGGGAACAGACAUGUCAAGUUCUGGUACCUGGAUCACUGCAAGGCCAACAAGGCCAGUGCUCCUGUCCCCCUGCUUGGCCGCUCGGGGCUGCUGGGAGAGCUGAGGAACAACUUAUUCUGUGAUGUGGCUUGUGGGCGAGGCUCUAAAUCAGACUCCACCUUCUGUAUCACCUCCUCGGGCCUGUUGUGUGAGUUUAACAGCAAGAGGAUGCUGGACAAGUGGGUGGACCUACGGACGGGCGUGGCCCAGUCUCUGUCUCUGUCUGAGGAUAUGAUCUUCUGCGGCUGCGCUGAUGGAACAGUGCGAGCCUUCAGCCCUGUCGAUCUGCACUUUGUCUGUACGCUGCCACGGCCGCACCCCCUCGGCUCUGACGUCUCGGCCAUCACUGAGGCCAGCCACCUAUUCUCCACCAGGACAGACACCCGUUACCCAGACGCCAUUGCUGUUACCUAUGAUCCUGUCAGCCACUGGCUCAGCUGUGUAUAUAAUGAUCACAGUCUGUAUGUGUGGGAUGUGAGAGACGUCAACAGGACGGGGAAGGUGCACUCUGCCCUCUUCCAUGCUGCUUGUGUCUGGGACCUGGAGAUGUUUCCAGAUGUUUCUGGAGAAAUGGGUGCCGGUAUAUCAUCAGGUGCAUUUCUUUCUUGUUCAGCUGAUAACACCAUCAGACUGUGGCACAUGGAGGACUGGCCACAAACUCAUGUUCAUUCUCAAAACAUCCUCAGCAAUGAUCUCCUGAAUAUUAUUUACGUAGAUGGAAACACUGCUGCCUUGCAGGAUCCAGAAUGUGUGGUAAAUGCAAACGCAGAUAAGCUAGGGGAUGGACAGGCAGCAGAAAGCAGGACAGUGAUCCGGACCAUCUGUGUCAGUCCAGACGGCAAACACCUGGCAUCUGGAGAUCGCAAUGGGAUGCUGAGAGUUCAUGACCUCAGCAGCAUGGAGGAGAUUCUGAAAGUGGAGGCCCAUGAUGCUGAAAUCCUCUGUCUUGAGUACAGUAAACCAGAAACAGGUCUGAAGCUGUUGGCCACAGCUAGCAGGGACCGUUUGAUUCAUGUCUUGGAUGCUGAGGAUGACUACAGUCUGGUACAGACGCUCGACGAACACUCUUCAUCCAUAACAGCCGUCCGCUUUGCUGCUAACGACAACAAGGUGAGGAUGAUCAGCUGUGGGGCAGAUAAGAGCAUCUAUUUCCACACUGCAAACAAGACUGACAGAGGAACAGAAUUCAGACGCUCUCACCACAUGGUGAUGAAAACCACACUGUACGACAUGGGUGUCGACUCCACCAACAAGUAUGCUGCUGUGGGCUGUCAGGACCGCUGCAUCAGGAUUUUCAACAUCAGCAGUGGGAAACAGAAGAAACUCUACAAAGGAUCACUGAGUGAAGAUGGCAGUCUGCUCAAGGUUCAGAUCGAUCCCUCAGGUCAAUAUGUGGCUACAUGUUGCUCCGAUAAAAACAUCAGCAUCUUUGACUUCUCCACUGGGGAGUGUGUCGCCACUAUGUUUGGACACUCAGAAAUCGUCACUGGAAUGAAGUUUACCAACAACUGCAAGCAUUUGAUUUCUGUGUCAGGGGACAGCUGUAUCUUUGUGUGGCGACUGGCUCCAGAGCUGACAAUCAGCAUGAGAGAGAGGCUCUGCCAGCUCAGACAAAACCCAAACACACCGCCCUGCAAGACCUCCAGUCUCAGGCGAGAGGUGUACAGCGCCCCGGUUCUGGGUGGUCUGUCCUCUGACAGUGAUCCCGAACAUGAUGAGGAGGAUGUAGCAGAAAAUGAAGACUCCAACGACCAAGACGACAACAUAACCAACACUUCCUUUGACAGCAGCCACGGUGAAGAGGACACAGGUGGCUCAGAUGAAGGACAAGACUGGGAGCCAACAAAGCGUGGAGUUGUAAGCCCGAACAGUCCUGACUCCAAUAAGCGUCCUCGGAGGCGCUGGUCUCAUCGUAUGGGCUCUCUUGAGCUGAUGGUUAAAUCCAUGCUGGACCUGAGGCAGCUGGAGACCUUUGCUCACAAGAAAAACCCCAACUGCUCCCCAUAUGACAGAGAAAGACAGAGCGCAUCUAGCCUUCAGGAGCCUCAGCAGUUGGAGGAGAGAGCUAAGCGGCAUCGGCCCUGGCCACAAGCUGACUGGCUGUCCUCAAACACAUCCAAGGGCAUCAAGGGGACCGAGGGAGCAGUGGUCUACCCUGAGGAAAAUGAGGACGAUACAGGUCUACCGGGCAGUGAAUACAUGGUGAAGGAGCAGCACUGCAGGAUGCAAGGGCGAGGGAUCCGCAGUGAAAGCCAGGACAGCCGCAGCCCGGACAGUGCCUGCUCCUUGGGCUAUGACAGUAGACGGUCCAGCCCUGAACAUGUCCUGGAUGAUUCUGCAGAUGUGGAGUCCUUGAGCCAAGACAGCUCUGAUGAGGAGAAUGAGGAGAGGGAGGAACAGGAGCUAAAGGCAAAAGUGACGAGUAUGGACGAGGCUCUGAGGGCAGUGACUGACGCUGCUGAACACAGCCAAGAGGAUUUUCUUAAGCAGAACUUUGAGACACUGGCAGACAGCUGCAGUGCGGCUGAGCAGAGCAGAGUCCCAAGGCUCAGCAUAUCUUCACGCUUCCUGGCCAGAGGACAUAAUAACAGGGGGGUACCUCAGUUUGCCAAAAUAAAUGGAAAGGAACAAUGUAACCACACCACUAAGCCCCAAGUGUCAAAAGUAUGGCCCUUGAUGGAAGAUGGCCAGCACAGAAAUACAGAGGACAAGACCCCUGCCAGGUUAGAUGCAGUUGCUCCAGAGAGAGACUGUGCUCCCACCCUGAGACCCCAGAAGAAAAAGACUUCAGGGUCCCACUUGUGGAGGUUGUCCAACCCUCCAUCCAAAGCUCCGCUGCUGCGGGACACAGCAACAUGUUUACAGAAAUCUCACUCUGCCCAGAACCUGUCUUCAGACUCUCCUCACUCCCCUGUGCCCUCUAGUGACCGAAGAGAGUCGCGCAAGAGACCUCAGCAGCUAUUCCUGGAUCGUGACACUUCCAUGCCUUCAUUCCAGUUGUCUCCCCCCUCCCCUGGGUCCCCUCAGUCUCCCCAGUCCCCUUUAUCCUGGGAGAGCCCCAAACUAAAACCCCAGCAUUCCUAUAUGAACCCAACUGCCAGCUCCAUGGCCAAAAACAGCCACUCCUCGUCGGUGGGUGAGGGUCUCCACAUAGGAACUCCACCUGUCUCUCCUUCCUUUCCCAAAAGCAGGAGAUCAUCUGGGGAGCUGGAGGUAGAGCUUCCUCUGCUGACUUCAUCUACCGUUACUGCAUUCCCAUCGCCUGUCUCUUCACCAUUGUCUCCCUUACCGUGUCCUCUACCCAUCAUCAGUCCCUCCCCAUCUCCCUUCCAUCCCAUGGCUACAGUCUCACCAACUUCUCAUCUAACUUUCACUCAGAACAUCCCGCCCUCUCGCAUCCCGCUCCCUAAGCAGCCUCUCAGCCCUCGCCGCAGUCUUUGUCUGGAAGUGAUGCCGAGCUUCUGUGGAAGCCCUGUGAGGGCUUCUGCUCCUACUAUAGGCUCAGGAUGUGAUGUUACAUGGCCCACAGGAAACAAACAAUCUCUGGGAAGAAAUCUGUCUCUAAAUGUGGAUCCUUCUGUGCCAAGUUCAUUACCGGUGAAGCGAAAGAGAGGGUCUGUGUGUGAGAGCACCAAGGAGCCAGGACAGGUGGCUGCGGCUAAAGAGUGCCCUCUGGUGCCUGAACAGGCCCACACAUUGAGUACUGACCCCCAGCCAGAUCACUCUAUCACCUUGGAAACUUGUAGGCAGGCCGUUACUGAGCUUCACAACAGUCUGAGGAGAACAAUCAUGCUCUACACUACGGUGCUACACUGCGCCUCAGAGCCCAGUGAAGAUCAACAGGAGAUGAAGAGCAUCCUGUCCGAGGCCCUGUUCACAGUUAAGACUGAGCUGGAUUCCCUGCCACAUCCCAACUCACAGUUUGAGGAGGCCCGAGGGGACCAGGAGGUCAAAGGUGAAGGAGAUAAAGCCCUGGCUCUGCUGGAGCAGUACGCUGAGCUGCUGUUGAAGUCAGUGGAGAGAAAACUGGAUACCAAGACUUGA